GGUUUGUGACGUCGACGAGGGCGGACACGCUGUCUCCCAUAUAAAAUGAGCUAAUAAUAAUCUUUACAAAAGAUACACAUGUUUAUUUUCGGCGUAAAGUUUUGUUGUUCUCAUCAAGAUUGUCUCGCAGUUUGGUUGUUAUGUAAACUGUUGAAAAACCCAAAAACUUUAAUGGUUCGAUGCGUUUUCUAGACGAUAUUUUCAUCGAUACAAAAUGCUUAUCUAAUGCACACAUGUGUGUCGAAUGCCACAUGGACCGUAAACCCCAUGUCAAACGAUAGGCAUGUCGUAUGUUUACACGACAAAUAAACUAUCGCAUGCAUUUGUGAAGAGACGUUCACGAGUUACGGUGCACCAGUGAUCUUGAAGAUUGUGUAAAGAGCUGAAUCUUUGACGCCUUCACCGAUAUAAUUUUGCUGGCGACAAUCUCCGUAUUUUGAAAAUCGCUAUGUAUGGGAUAGUGUGAUUUCCGCACCCUCAUGGACAGUGAGGGUCGUCUAAUAUUCUGGAAGAGUGGAGUGUGGGAGGGCGGAGCUCCAACCCUAAACUGCAACACCUGCAAGAAACGUCGCGCGGACAGGAUGAGCGCCAACGAGCGACCUCAAGGUGAAUUAAAGAAGUUAUCAGAGGAGAGUUUGACGCGGCAACCAGAGGAGGUAUUUGAUAUAAUAUGCAAACUAGGCGAAGGUUCAUACGGAAGUGUUUACAAGGCGUUACACAAAGAAAGCGGACAAGUGCUUGCUAUAAAGCAGGUACCUGUGGAUACAGACCUGCAGGAGAUCAUAAAGGAGAUAUCAAUAAUGCAGCAGUGCGACAGUCCUUACGUCGUCAAGUAUUACGGGAGCUACUUCAAAAAUACCGAUCUGUGGAUCGUGAUGGAGUACUGCGGGGCGGGCUCGGUGUCGGACAUAAUGCGGCUGCGCAAGAAGACUCUGUCGGAAGACGAGAUAGCGACCAUCCUCUGCGACACGCUCAAGGGCCUGGAGUAUCUGCACCGGCGGAGGAAGAUCCACCGGGACAUCAAGGCCGGGAACAUCCUCUUGAACACCGAGGGACACGCCAAACUGGCGGACUUCGGGGUCGCCGGGCAGCUGACCGACACGAUGGCGAAGCGCAACACGGUUAUCGGCACCCCGUUUUGGAUGGCGCCCGAGGUCAUUCAGGAGAUCGGGUACGACUGCGUGGCCGACAUCUGGUCCCUGGGCAUCACCGCUCUGGAGAUGGCGGAGGGCAAGCCGCCCUACGGAGACAUACAUCCCAUGAGGGCCAUCUUCAUGAUACCCACCAAGCCGCCGCCUUCCUUCAGGGAGCCGGACCAGUGGUCGUCAGAGUUCAUAGACUUCGUUAGUCAGUGCCUCAUCAAGAACCCUGAAGACAGAGCCACAGCAGAGUUUCUAUUGGCUCAUGAGUUUAUAGGUAACGCGAAGCAGCCCAGCAUACUGAGCACCAUGAUAGCGGAGGCCCGGGAGCUGCGGGAGACGCAGCUGUACAGGAGCUCCCACCAGGCCUCCAACAACGCCAGGGCCUUUGCCGGGGGCCCCGACUACUCCGAGGCCACCAUGAAGCAGCGCUCCGACGGGACGCUGGUGCCCGAUCAGCUGGCCGACCUCAGCGCCGACCUGGGGACCAUGGUCAUCAACGAACCAGAACCGGACCUCGCCACCAUGAAACGGCACGACACCGACCCCAUGGACACCAACAAGCCGAAGUACCGGCCGCUGUUCUUGGAGCACUUUGACAAGAAGGAGAUGAACCACUUGAACAUCGGGGCCCCCACCAACGGGACCCUCACCGGCCCGCUGCGGCAUCUUCCUCAGCACAGCAUAGGUGGCGAGAGUGAGGCCAGCGAAGUGGGCGCGGCGGACAUCCAGCGCGCGCUGAUGGAGGAGGGGAACUUCGAAUUCCUGUGGCAGCUGUCGGAGGCGGAGCUGGAGCAGCGCGUGGCGCGGCUGGACGCGCAGAUGGAGCAGGAGAUCGAGCUGCUGCGCGCGCGCUACGCUCGCAAGCGACAGCCCAUCCUCGACGCCGUCACGCUCAAGCGGAAGCGACAGCAGAACUUCUAGCUCGCACCACCACUCGCAGCACCACCACUCACCAAUGCCAUCCAUGGCUCCAAGCCGGUUUCCGCAACGGCGACCAACAUUGUCUGUUCAAUAACUUAGAAGCUAAUGUCCGUGGUAGCCUAUCUUGUUCUUAGACGUGCGCAAAACAGAAGCUACACGUAAGAACACCACCCAUAAAGUUGUAAAAAAUGGUGGAAGGCGGUAUUUAUUUUUCAGUCUAUUUCUCACCAAUGUACUACUGCACUCAACAAACAACUCAACUUCUAUAACUUAUGUUUCGACUUAAUCGCUCUCUAUGUUUUGUGAAACAUUCGUUCAGUGGACACUAUAAUGAAAUUUAAUGACAUAAAACGAUUGACGUUGUAUUCCACGUUAACUUGUCGCCCGAAUACCCACUAGUGACGUCACUAGUGCACCCUUAUUCUCUCUAUUAUAUAAUUUAUUUAUAAUCAAACUGUAUAUGAAAAUUAUCCGCCUCCGCAUGGUGACCCGUGAGGGAGUCGCCGCACCGCUCAAGUUAACGGGGCCAUUAAACUAAUGGAGUGCAUUUAACUAAAGUUAACUGAGUGUGGUGGUGUCGCGCGACGCUCGCCAGGUGUUGACUAAAUUAAUUAUUGUGCUAAUAAUAAGGUGCUUUUAACAGCGGAAGUGCCAAAUAUUAUAAUAUCAAUUAUUGUUUCUACUGCACGCGGCGCCGCGGGGGGCGGGGGGCGGGGUUAGCGCGACGCGACGAGCAGUAAAUGUGAAAUUAAAGUGAGCAAUAUUUCGUUUUAUGAGAAGAUUCAUAAUAAUUAUAUUAUUCGGGAACGUCGGCGCGAUGGAACUACGGUUCUGUCGUUGUCCAUAUACACACACACAACUUGUAUUACUUUGAUUUCAUAGAAAAAAUAGAUUUAUUUGUUUUAUUAUAUUAAGUUUGUUAGAAUUUUAAUGCAUUUAAAAAGAAUUACAGUAAUUAACAUUUUUGUGUUUCGUUUCGGAAUGUUUGUUUGAUAAGCCAUCGUAGCCAGUGUCACUGUGUUGUUUACUAACCUAUGACGUCACGCACUGGUUAAGAUGGCUGUUCUAUUAACGCGAUACCUGUGAUCGAAGAAUUAUAUACAAUAUAGUAUUAGAAGACUAACAGAAAUGUCUGUGCAUUGCUCAGUCACACCCCCCGCGGUCCUCGGGGUCCGACGGGGGUGUCCACGGGCGGUAGUGAGGCAGAGUAUAUUAUUGCAUGAGGUCGAUGUAGAUACAUUGUAUUAUAGUUUAGAGUUAUUAGCUAAUAAGGAUUAUACAUAUGUACGUAAUGAAGCGGUGCGGGCGCCGGCCCUCCAAAGAUAUUCGUCUCAGCGCGCCGGCGCACACUCCUAAAAACUAGAUAUUGCGGCGCGACCUUAGUGUUCCUACAAUGUGCUCACGACUGCUCACCGUGAGUGGCCUGUCAGCAGUGAUUGUUUAUUAUUAACGUGCAUUUAAAUUAACUGAAACCGAUAACAAUUGUAUGUAAGGCAUCUGUUAAUUGAAUGUUAACGAAGCUUUGACCUCAUAUGUGAGGCGUGCGAUGUCUCACGUUCGUGGAAGCACCGCUCUGUGAAGACUGCGUUAGUGACUAGUGCACCCGGGGCGCGUGUGGCCGUGCGUCGAGGGCGGGGGGACGCGAGGGGCAGGGGGUGGCGCCGGGGAGGGGGGUCUGGCUGUACCCCGCACUAUGAGCAGGGCCAAUAUUAAAAAAUCAAUCGCAGGAGCCAAGAAGAAAUCGUCAAAAUGAUUUUAAACGAUUUCUUCUCGGCUUGAAAUUAAUGAGAAAAUGGAACUUGAUAGUACCAAUUUUUUUACGUCGAGAUAAAUGAAAUAAUGUUUCUCGAAGUAAAAAGAAUACUAUUUCGAUUGAUAGUAGUUUGGAUAUUUCCCUUCAAACCGAAUCGCAUUAUUGCUUCGUGAUAGAAAUAGUCAGGACGGUAGUAUAUACUCACCCGCGCGUCCACGGUCGCAAUACGGCAAGUAAAACUGGUUCCUUAACUCGUACGAUCUCAGUGUAGUAUCUCUUCGUCUAAACGUUAGUGUAGUUAAUUGUAAUGUACAGAUGUACAGUGCGGCAGUACACGCCGCGCGCUCGGCGGGACACGUAGCUAGUCGGUUUGGACGUGUGGUGAUAGUUUAAGGCUACGUCAAACAGAACGCGUACUUAGCGCUGCGUUUUAACGGCGCGCUCUUUUCAUGUCACACAAGUUGACUAGAUGAGCCCAACGCUCUUUGACGCAACGUAACACUCCCCAUAGUGCCUUUAUCGAAACUGCUAUAACUGCUAUCGAGCAGUAUGAAAAUUUUAAAGUAUUAAAAUGUCGAGUGAUUUGAUUCAGAUGCGGCAUUGUAUAAGCACGGAUAUUUUUUAACUAAUUCUAUCAAUUUUUCGGGCAUUAUCCAGUAGUUUAAUACAUAUACAGUCGGACGCUAAAAUAAUAUUUGUAAAAAAUUACAACGACUGACGUCAAAGCGUCCUAACGUCGCGACAGAGCGUUGCGUACUUAUAGCGCUGGCGUUCUGUCUGGCAGUAUGUUACCAUAGUAGUACAACACACCUCGGCGUCAUACCGCGCCGUCAGUUUAGCGUUCUGACGCGCGCUAAAACGCACAUUAAAUAAAGGUGACUGAAAUAAAUUAUACUUUUUAUUCGGAAGUAGAAAACAAACUAAACCGUCCUUACGCACGGAAAGCUAAGGGACGACUGAAACCAUUAAGUAGAAUAACUAAAUGCGAUUACACCUCCCUAAAUGCGUUUCUAAUUGGCUUCUAAAUGAUUCAGUCAGUCAGAAACCAUCCUUGCUACUGAAUUUAGUAGGCUAACUUACUGAAUGCUAUUACACUUCACUGAAUUCAGUCGACUAAAUUUAGCCAAGUGUAAUAAACCGUUAAGUACGCGUUCUGUUUGACGAAGCCUUUACUAAUUUUGUAAAGCAAUAAGUACAACGUUUGGUACAAAAAUAUCUAUGAAUUAUCGAAGUAGAGAUGAUGUGCUGUUAUUAUUAUUUUGUAUCUUCAUCAUCACAUGAGCACUUUAAGAUAUUGUUUGGGCUUGGGUCCCAGGACGGCGUGCUAUAGAGUCGCGUUCUGCAUCGACACCCGCACCGCGCUGCUGUCCAGGCACCACACCCUGUAGUGUCCGCGCGGCGCACAUCGUUAGGCCUAGAUAAAAAAAGGGUUAUAUUUAAUUUUAUUUGUACAUUUUUAAGAAUUCUUUGUAAUUCGUUUCUCUUAGUAUACGUAUACUUGAAAAACUAUAUUUCGCCUUUAAGUGCCAUUAAAAUAAUAUUUUCAUACAAAAAAUGGAUCUAAUAUGAAAUCUAAAAAUAUUCUUGACGAAUCUAAAAAUAAGUAAUAAUAAUAAUCAAAACAAAUGUAUUUUAGUGCCAUUCAAAUGGAAACAUUAUUUUAGAAGUUCGAAAUAUUUUUUUACGAUUGAAAUAAAUAUUAUAAAAUGUAGUUUUGUAUUCUGCUGCGGCUCUAAUUGUACUGGACCGAUGCGAACCAAACGUUGGGAGAACGCCGCGGGUCCGCCACGGAGCCCGCCGACCUAUACACACGCACACCCACCCACAAACACACUCACAGACGCACACAAACACUCUCUCACUCACACGUACUCACAGACGCACACAAAAACUCACACACAAACACACACACCCACACACACACGCACACACACACACACACACACAAAAUGGCUUCGGUGAGAAGAUCUUUGAAACUGUUAUGUAUUGACGUAUGUUAUAUAGUGACGAUAUUAAUUUUAUUGAUUGUUGCCAUCGACCACAACAUCGGCGCCGACCAAGGCGAUGCCCAAGCGAACAGUAUGUGGUAGAUGGACUGUUCCUGGGGAAUCAAUAAAGUCAUUUUAGAUUCAAAAACAGUAUUAAUGAACCGACCCGAAGUUCCAAAACGUGUUUCCGAUUAUAAACUUCGGAAAGGUGCAAGUCUAUUUACUGAGAAAUAAAACGAAUUAGUUGUGCGUGUCGCUCCGGGUGUGCCCCGGGCCGGCCCAAACUGAUUUCGUUUCGUCUGUGUAAUAUGUACAGGGUAAAUAAAAUAUUAAUGUAUCGAACAUUGACUACCGUCAUUUUGUAUUUUAAUUUUAUUUUGUCAUUUCGGUCUAAUCUUCAUAAAUAAAAGAAAAGUAACAUAUUUUAUAUUAGAAUACCGGAUUUCGUUAAUUUAAUAUACCAAGGACCUGACGUCACGGCACGCAGACUGCCGUGACGUCAUUAGUCGCGUCUGCUGGCGCCGCGUAGUUUUCGACACGUGAUAUAUAAUUUUUCGUUUUCUAGAAUACAUCUACGCAAGAAUGUUUUCUUUUAUUUAUUUAUAAGAUUUACUGUUAACAAAAGUACUCGCGUAUUAUUGUAACACUAGACUUGUUUAUUGCGAUUAUUAUUAAUUUAGAUUGCGUAUAAGAUUAUAUUUAAGAUAAUAACAAUAAUAAGCUUGUUCGCGUGAUAUAAAGAGUGGCCGUCGUUUUGUGAUUGUUGUUGAAUAGUUUCGGCCUGUGUGUUGCAAGUUUGUUGUUCGCGUACAUUGCGUGCUCAGUGCGAGACGCGCAGUGUGCGCCGUCCCGCGCUCAGUGUUGAGGUCGACGGCGUGUGCGUUCUAUUUUUGGACAAAUGACUCGCAGAAUAAAAGAUUCAUUAUAAAAUAAA